GCCACCAUGAUGUCCAUGAACAGCAAGCAGGCGUUCAGCAUGCACCCCAUCCUGCACGAGCCCAAGUACACCCACCUGCACUCCAGCUCCGAAGCCAUCCGCAGGGCUUGCUUGCCCGCUCCCCAGCUGCAAAGCAACUUCUUCGCCGGCCUGGACGAGACGUUGCUGCGCGGGGCCGAGGCCUUGGCGGCGGUGGACAUCGUGUCGCAGAAGAGCCACCCGUUCAAGCCGGACGCCACCUACCACACCAUGAGCAGCGUCUCGGUGGCCUGCACGCCCACCUCGUCGUCGGUGCACCUGCACCACCCGUCGGUGCUGAGCGGCCACCACGCGCACCCGCACGCCCACGCCCACGCCCACGCGCACCACCACGCGCACCACCAGACGGCGCAGGCCCUGGACAGCGAGCUGUUGGAGCACCUCAACUCGGCGCUGCCGCUGCCGGACGUGGGCGCCGCGCCGGCCCACCCGCACGCGGCGCACGCCCACCUGCCGGCCCUCAACGCCAUGGGCCACCCGGCGCACGGGCAGCCGCCCAUGGGCAUGGGCCACCACCCGGCCCACGGCCUGGCCUCGCACCCGGUCCUGGCCGGCGGCGGGGGCGGCGGGGGCGGCGGCGGGGGCGGCCCGGAGGCCGAGACGGACCCGCGGGAGCUGGAGUCGUUCGCGGAGCGCUUCAAGCAGCGGCGCAUCAAACUGGGCGUGACGCAGGCCGACGUGGGCUCGGCCCUGGCCAACCUCAAGAUCCCCGGCGUGGGCUGCCUGAGCCAGAGCACCAUCUGCCGCUUCGAGUCGCUCACGCUGUCGCACAACAACAUGGUGGCCCUCAAGCCCAUCCUGGAGGCCUGGCUGGAGGAGGCCGAGCGCGCCCAGCGCGAGAAGCUGGCCAAGCCCGAGGUCUACUCGACGGGCGACAAGAAGCGCAAGCGCACGUCCAUCGCCGCGCCCGAGAAGCGCUCGCUCGAGGCCUACUUCGCCGUCCAGCCGCGGCCCUCGUCCGAGAAGAUCGCCGCCAUCGCCGAGAAGCUGGACCUCAAGAAGAACGUGGUGCGCGUCUGGUUUUGCAACCAGAGACAGAAACAGAAGCGCAUGAAGUUCUCGGCCGCCUACUGA